AAUUCGAAAGCUUCAUCUCCUCGGCGUAGAUAUAAAAUCUCUGCCAAUACAACCCAAACAUCUCACAUACACGAACAACAACUCUUCGCUUCUUUAAUUGUUGUUAGCCCAUGGAUCCGCCAACUCCGGAGGCAUCGGGGCUAGACGAAGAUGAAUUCUUGUAUCCAGAGUCGUUGUCCAACCCCGUCUCUUCAUUGGGUGGGAUGGCAGUGAAGCUUGAGAGGGAACAAUCGACCGACCCAGACUCGCAAGAUCGGCUGCAAAUCCCAUCGCCAAUACCAAUCUUCCCAAAGCCUCUUGCCCUGUCUUACUGCAACUUCAAAAACCAUUUUUCCGCGUACGGCUACAUGGACGGGACGAGGAUGGAAGCCGCAAGUUUUCUAGUUGCUCCACUAUUGAGACAUUAUUUCCCAAAGACCAAGUUCGAGUACUGGAGGUUGGCGCGGCAAGAUGAGAGCCUGUUUCAGUGUAUUCCAGUGGACGGUACAACAUACUGGAUGGUGACCACGAAAUCUCUAAAACAGGAAGGUGCUGGGGACGAUAGUGACCCUUCGAGAGAAGCCAUGAUAUUCCAGAGAUCGCUAGUGUUGCUAGUAAUCAUUGUAACGAGCUAUCCGUUCCUCGAGGCGCGAGAGAGAGGCAGGAUAAAUUCAAUCAACUUCUCUGACAAGGCAUUAGGCAAUUCUGGCGAGGUCAUGGUUGACGAGACGGUUGCACGACGUGGAAACGUUGUGGUCCUGGGAGGGAGAACGAGGCCUUCAGCUCCGAGCUUCGAGUUCUUCACGUUUGAUGUUGAUGGUGGACACGGACAUUCCCUAGUCCCUUGUUUCGGCCAACCAGAACAACAUCAGACUGGGUUCCGUACGAACAGGUUCAGUUUGGAAACUGAAGACGUAGAUAAGGUCGACAUAAUGUUCAGAAUGUUCGCAGAGAGCGGAUCCGGCAGUUGUGUGUUCAAUGCAAACACGCUUUCGAGGCUUGGGGUACGGUUACCACCUCUUCAUCGAGUCCGCCAACGAUCGGCGGAGUCGCAGGCUUUACAUAAAGAUCUGACGCCGGAAGGUUCCGAUGACAUGACAGAUGAAUAUCUCCGAAGUCUUAAGAUCAAUAGGAAUGGAAAGCUGCUAGGGGCUGGCGGGCGUUUCCUGACUAAGGAAAAGGACCUGAAAGCGAAACGACUUGCCAGCGCGAGGGGCAUCAAGUUUGCGUUGCCUGAAUUCAAGAGUGACAUGGAUCGAAGUCGAGAGCGACGCGACCGCGACCGGGCUAGGCGGAAGCGUUAG